GUGAGUGAAUGUGUGUCUGAGUGUGUGUGUGUUAGUGGUAGGGUGAAUUUUGUAAAUGCACUGUUAAAACAUUAGAUCUGUUGAACUUGUUAACAGAGUAUACACUUGGUGACCUGUUUCCAAAUGUUUGUGUUAGCUUAAUAAUACUAUUAACAAUUCCAGCCACAGUAGCUUCUGCAGAGAGGUCAUUUAGCAACCUCAAGCUGACUAAAAUUAUUUAAGGUCUACAAUUAAGGUCUACAAAGCGAAUGGUAUGUUAGCAUUCAUAGCAAAAGGAUUUGAGUAUAGGAGUAUAGAGAGGUUCUACUGUAGUUGUACAGGGUCUUGGUGAGACCACACCUGGAGUAUUGCGUACAGGUUUGGUCUCCUAAUCUGAGGAAAGCCAUUCUUGCCAUAGAGGGAGUACAGAGAAGGUUCAGCAGACUGAUUCCAGGGAUGUCAGGAUUGAGGGGGGGUCUUAUAGAAACUUACAAAAUUCUUAAGGGGUUGGACAGGCUAGAUGCAGGAAGAUUGUUCCCGAUGUUGGGGAAGUCCAGGACAAGGGGUCACAGUUAAGGAUCAGGGGGAAAUCUUUUAGGACCGAGAUGAAAAAAACAUUUUUUUACACAAAGAGUGGUGAAUCUGUGGAAUUCUCUGCCACCGAAGGUAGUUGAGGCCAGUUCAUUGGCUAUAUUUAAGAGGGAGUUAGAUGUGGCCCUUGUGGCUAAAAGGAUCAGGGGGUAUGGAGAGAAGGCAGGUACAGGAUACUGAGUUGGAUGAUCAGCCUCGAAGGGCCGAAUGACCUACUCCUGCACCUAUUUUCUAUGUUUCUACAAUGUCUCAGAAAUGCCUUGUGGAUUUAGCCAGGCUAAGUAUUGAAUCAAUCAUUGCCAGAACAAUAACGUUUUGUGCUGUGAUCGGAAUUUUUCACAAAAAAAGGCCAGGAAAGCUCUUUAAUUAAAGUAAAUAAUUAUGUCAUUUCAAGAUCUGAUCUGCUUAGAAAUACAGAUUUUUUUUGUGUGAAUUCUUCCUCCUUAUCAGUAUUGUAGCAUAAAAAAAGAUGUUCAAAACAAAUGUGCAUUCUUCUUUCUGAUCAUUUUAUUUUAUUUAUAUUCAUCAUGGAGGGAGUAUAGGAGCAUGAGGCCUGAAAUGCAGAAAAUCAACAGAGCGCUCCAUUCCACCCCUCUCUCAUCUUCUAUACCCCUUUUUGCCUUUCAGGCUACAGCUCAUGGCGUAAACCGGCAGUGGAUACAAACAGUGGAUACAAACAUACUAAUGGAGAAGGGACAGGGCCCGAAAGAAACUUUGUACCCACUGAUAAAAUUCCUCUUAGAGGCCCCGUGUACAAGCACACCCAGGUCUCGUUGCACCUCCCUUUUUCCUAAUCUGAUGCUAUUCAGCCACUUUAAAUUACAAUCAUGUGGAGGUGCAUUUGUGGAAUUGAAGAGUCCCUUGCAUCAUCAGAGGCACUGAGCUGCAGGUCUACUACAGGUAAGUAUUUGGUGGCUGGUUUAUCUGAGCAGCUGGCUCAGUAUGGACAGCUGGUAGUGCAGCUCAUAGACCAAUAUCCGGACAAAGAGACCCAGCUACAAGUGAGAGAUGAACACCUUAAGUUACUGGAAGACCUCAAGGUAAAACUCUGUGAAAACGAAGAAGCAUUAUUGGAAAAGACGCAACUUGUCGAUGUGUUGCAGAAAAAGCUUAAUAGGAAUAAUCGGGAUCUAGCGUUGCUGGAAGACUUCAACAAAAAACUCUGGGAAAGGGAAGAGGAACUGCGAGAAACAACAGAACACGUGAAAGUACUGCAGACAAAGCUGGAAAGGAAGAAUUGUGUGAUAAUGGAGUUAGUUGAAGAUGUAAGAAAGCUUGAAGAUAAGAAUGAGGACCUGGACAACCAGUAUUACGCCGAAGAUUACGCCAGCCAUAUCAAGAUCUGUGGUUUGAGGGCGACCCAUAAAGCUGAAUUAACAAAUCUCAAAGAACAAGUGACGCUUCUGUAUCAAGAGGCUGCAAGAUCAGAGGAAAGUUCUUUGUCAAUGGAAGCCUCAUACCUGUCUAAAAUCGGCCAGAUCCAAGAGGAGCUGGACAAUGUACAGCUUGUUUCUGCUCAGAAGCUUCUGCUGGAGCACAAAGAUGCGGAGAUUGAUUAUGAAGAGGAGGACGACCAGUUAUACCUAAAAGUGAACUGGCCACAAUACGUCGAGGCACAAAAUGAGAAGCUUCAAAAAAUAUUGGAAACAUAUGAAGAGCAAUACCAGAACAUGCAAAUAAGUGAAUCUGAAUCUGCAGAGGAACUGGUGAAGUGGCAAGAAACGGAUUAUAAACCAACAACGAGCCAUGACAACAAUGAGUGGACUGUGAUGGAAUUAAAGAUGAAUCAAGUUGAAGAAAAAAAAGAAGAUUUGAUCUCAGAACUGCAGGAGCUAGAGGAGGAAGUGGGGGAUCUUCAGAUACAAGGACAGGGUCAAGGAUGGACAACGCAGGCCACAGCUGGCCAAAAGCUUAUGGAAAAGGAAGAACUGGAAAGCAUGCAACAAUCAACACAGCAGGAGCGCAGAGAGCAAGAUCCGUCCUGCAAGAAUGAAUUGGCUGAGCUAAGACAUGUCAGACCAGCGCUAGGAAGCAAACCAUUGAAAACGAAACAUACGAGGAAUAUGAGGAGGCUUUUGAGAAUGACUCAAUUGAAAAGGUGGUGGUGGCACUGAAGGUGUGUAUUGACAAUCAAUUCAUCGUUUUCUAGUUGUAGUCUAAUUUUCUGAUGUUUUACACUGCAUCGUGCCCCUAACACCCCACCCCAGUGACCAGGGCAACUCUGGAAAACCUGCUUCCAUGUACAUACUAACUAAUAUAUAGGAUACAUAGUACAUCGGUUUGGAGUGGGUGAUUCAGGCAUCAACACAGAAAACCUGGCCUGGUUUCAUUGUCCAGCCUCGAGGUCUGCACGUGGUGCCCCUCCCAUCACCCAGCAACAACUCCUCUCCUGCGAGACAUGAGGUGUUUGAGUUACUCUCAUGUCGCACUCACGCAAAUCGGUUUUCAAAUGCAUAUCUCUAAUCUCCCUGUUUCGGUAUGAAACAGUGCAGUGAAUACAGGCCAAGGUGUAAGCCAAAUCUCAAAAUGAAUGCAAUAAAUUUAGUUAUCUCAUCUUAACCAACAGAAAUUCUUAAAUGUAGAGACACCUUUCUAGGAAUACAGAGAGCAGGAAAAAAACAGCUGAUGAAGGUUUAUCUUUCCCCACCUUCAGCUUGCUGUAUAGUGUAAGAAUGGAUACGUCACCCAUCACCAAGGAAUCCAAGACUAACCAUGGAAGUACUGUCAUUUUCUGAUUGACUGUGACAGAGGAUUGUUUAGAAUCUAGACUUCCUGUCCAAUAGUUCACCAAGGAAUCUACAUUGCUUGUUUGCUCAUAGAAUAGUGCAUUCAUUUGGACCAUAGUAUUGAAGCCGCUGCCACCCAUUCGUACAUUAUAAUGCGGAUCUUUAUAACAUGAUAAGUAAAAACAAAUCUUCACAUCUGUACCUUGGCAUUUUACUAAUUAGUUUA